GUUGAUAGAACACUGUAAUAUAAGAAGAUUUUAGUGAUUAUUUGACAGAUAAAUAAGUAUUAAACUAAAAGCAAUUAACGUAAAAUCAUAAUUUAUUUAAUUACAAUUAAUAUUCAUAAAAUGUAAUAUAAAAACAAGUGUUUAUUCGUAAUUAAAAUGUAAAGUUAAAAAUUAUUUGUAUCCUGAAUUACAAUCGGGUCGAUAAAUUGAGUUGCGCUCUCGACAUCAACGACAAGCCUACGUUUAUUUAUAAUUAUAACCUAAAUAAAACUCAAUUUUCCUAGCUAAUUAUGUGUAUACAUAUGUAAACAAUUACCUUAAGAUAUUACAGUUUAUUUACAUUGAAUUAAUAAUGUAUAACGGAAUUGGUUUACAAACACCCCGUGGUUCUGGUACAAAUGGACAUGUACAAAGAAACUGGGCACUGGUUCGUACGAGUAAGGAUAAAGUGAAAUAUCGGACAGAGGAAGAAAUUGCUGCUCUUGAUGCUGUCGCAAAUAAACAACCGAAUCAAGAGAUUCUUGAUCAUGAACGAAAACGUAAAGUUGAAUUAAAAUGUAUUGAGUUUCAAGAAAUUUUAGAAGAACAAGGAUAUCCACAAGAAACAAUCACAGCUAAAGUUGAAAAUUAUCGUACUAUGCUGAUGGGACAUGGAGCUAAGCCGGAUGUACCACGAGAUCAAUGGGGUAGAGUUGCUGUUACAGAAACUCAUCAAGUUGCCGAGGCACAGCAAGAGAAAAAUGCAAAAUUACGUGAAGCAUUUGGUAUAUCAGAAUAUUUUGUUGAAGGUUCUAGUUUAGAUCCGACACGACAGGCAAAAGAAGAACUUGCUCGAUCAGCGGCAAUCGGAGCAACAGUUGGCGCAUCACCGUCAGCAACACCAGCUAAAAAAUAUGAUUUGGUUCGUACACCGAGCCCAGAAAAGGAAAAUCGUGAUCGUAAAAAGAAAAAAACUCGUGAACGUGAUAGCUCGUCAAGUGAUGAACCAAAAAAGGAGAAAAAGAAAAAAUCCAAAAAAUAUAAACGAGAUAGAUCUGGUAAAAAGAAAAAAUCAAAACGAAAACGUCGUCAUUCAACAGAUUCAUCCGAUUCAGAUAAUUCAGAUAGUAGCGAUUCAGAAGAUAGUAACAGUUCGAGCAGUGAAGAUGAGAAACGGAAAAAACGUAAAGGAAAAGAUAAAAAGCAUGAGAAAAAAAGUUCAAGUUCGAAGAAAAAACGACACACAAGUGUCAGUUCCAGAGAUAGUUCAGUUGGAAAAACGCCAACUAAAAAAGCUCGCUUAAAUUCAAAUUCUAGUAAAGACCUAAAAUCUAAAGAUGUUGACAAUUCAAACGUGAAAAAUGGUAAGGACAAAAAUGAAAAAGAUAAACAUGCCUCUAAGGAUAAACAUAAAUCAAAACAUGAAAGUCCCGAUCGAAGUUUCAAAAAGAAUAAAGAAAAUUCACGUGAUGAUCGAAAAUAUCCGGAGAAAAAUUCUAGGCAAAGUCGAUCACCAAGACGGAAUAAUCGAGACAAUAAAGAUUAUAACAAUCGAUAUUAUAACGAUAAUCGUAGAUAUCAAAAAUAUGAUCGUUCUCCAUCAAACAAAACAUCCUCACGGUCACAUCGCCGAUCGCCAGACUAUAACAGACGACGAAGACGUUCUACUAGCCGAGGAAAAUCUGUAGAAAAAUUUAAUCGUGAUAAUCGUGAACGAUCUAGAUCACCACAAAGAUCAAAGAAAAAUGUUCCAAAUUCGUCAUAUAAGUCGAAAAAUCAUUUAGAUGUCUCACCGAAUUCACGACGAAGACAAAGAUCAGAUUCACGAAAACAACACUAUUUACCUUCACCGAGAAAUAGAUCGAAAACACCAAUCAAAGACAGUAAAAGCAAUUCAAAAAAUACGUCACGACAAUCAAACGAUAAAGCGUAUGAUAACAAUCACUCUGUAAAGGAUUCAAAACCACGAAAAUCUAGAAGUGUUUCUGCGUCACCAAAACAUAAACGAUCAUACUCACCAGAAAAUAAGAUUGAGAAAAAGCGUUCUCUAUCCCCAGUACCGAAAAAAGCACAUCACCAUCGGUCUUCACCAAAACCGUCGACCCGACGAUCAUCAAGUCGGAGUAGAUCUCCCCCACUGACUGAUAAAAUGUAUUCUCGAAAUUCAUCAGAGAAACGUGAUAAAAAAUCUACCACACAUUCAAAGAAACGUCGAAGUGCCAGUACCGAAUCAAAAAGUGAUAAAAAGAAAUCUGAUAAAAUCGAGAGUGACAAAUCUAGAUCCCGUUCAAAGUCAAAACCAAAUCGAACUAUUCAAACACCAGUUGUUCGUUUAACUCUAUCAAGUGAUGAAGCUGAUUCAGACGUUGGCACCGAUUUUAAAAUUGAUGAGGAACACGAGCACGAAUUACGUACUCUAAAUAUACUUAAAACAGAUUUAGCUGCAAAAGCUAAAGAAGCUAUUGAAAAGAAACUACCAAAACGGGCAGUUCCAGAAACCUCACAUAGAGGUAAUAGUAAUCAGAACUCGUCACAUGAGGAUGAUAGUCCCGAAGAAAAAUUACCACCGAAAAAGAAUAGUGAACAAAUUCUGAAAACAUUGACAAAAAUAGAAAAUGAAUUAUCAAAAAGGGCAGCUGCAGCCGCUGUUAAAAAGGAUAUAUCUCCUCGCAAUCGUAUUCAAAUCUCGAUCGAUAAAGAUAAGGUAGUGGCACCUUUUAAAAAAAUUGAUGAUUUAGUGAUCAAACCAUUACCUGUGGCAAAUGAUAAAAAAGAUAUUUCGCUAGAUUCAAUACAAAUACCAGAAAGCAAACCAGUGGUAGCUGCAAAAGAAGAAAAACCUUUUUCAGAUAAAGAUAAAAAAAUCAAUCAAGAAUCACCGAAAAAUAUAAAAAGUAAAUCUAGAACUGUUUCAAGAUCCCCAUCUAAAGAAAAAAUUUCUCCGGAGAAAAUUGAACGUAAAUCACGUAGUUCAUCUAGAUCCUCUGCCAGCUCACGACAUUCACAUUCUUCACGAUCAAGUACUUCACGUUCUCGUAGUCGUUCGAUAUCAAGAACACGAACACAUAGUCGAUCUGCUUCUAGAAGUCGUUCACGAAGUGCAUCUUCCUCAAGUGGAGAUGAUUCAGCGAGUAGCCGUAGUGAUUCUCCUGAGCAUAGUCGAACAUCUCGAUCACGUUCUCCAUCAAUACCACGUCGAUAUGGAUCACCAAGUUUUCUUGAUCGACGUCGUAUUACCAGUGCUCGGAAACGUCCAAUACCUUACCAUAGACCAACACCUUCAUCACCGUCGUCUAUGAGUAGUUACAGCAGUCGAGAGAGCAGUAGCCCAUGGUUUUCACGGCGAAGUCGUACUGCAUCUCCAAUAACACACACAGUAUCAUCACGAUCACCGACAGAAACACCAGAUUACAGUCGAUGACAAAUUUUUAAGCAAUUCAAAUGCUUGA